AUGUCAAAAGCGUCUCCCAAAACUUAUAAGACAUAUGGCGGAAGUGGAUUGGGUUUGUUCAUCAGCCGAGGCCUCUCUGAGCUCCAGGGUGGACAGAUUGGUGUGAAGAGUACAGCGGGAGUCGGUUCGACAUUUGCCUUCUUCAUCAAAACGCGACGUACAGAGGCCCCUAAGCCUGCCUCUGGUACCGAGUCAGUGAAGUCGGCUGAAGUAUUGACUGGCGUACUCAACUUGCCUCAGGCGGAGGGCAAAAAGACGUCAAAGUACUGA